AUGGCCUGGCGGUUAUUGCUACCCUUAGAAGUUGCGCCCUUGCAAAUCCUCUCGCUUAUUAGAAUGCUCUUGAACUCCGAGCAAUUGCUGGCAAGAGAUACCGCUGAAUUUGACGCAGAAGAUCUUUCUUUUAUCACAAGAAUGGCAGCUAUCGGCGAUUCCUACUCGGCAGGAAUUGGCGCUGGGGGUAGUAUUGGUCUGCCAAUAUAUCCCUACCCUUAUCUUAUUUAUACCGAUGAACGACUAGGCGAUCAAUCAGCCCGUACAUUUCAGUUCGUGUUAUGUUCUGGUGCAGUCACAGAGGAUGUCAUCAAAAAGGAGAUCCCUAGUAUUGAUAAUAACCAGCAGGUUAUAUUGAUAUCAGCCGGUACGUUUAAGCCUAAACUUUGCAAUAUAUUGAACAGAAGCGAGGUCUUAGGUGGCAAUGAUGAUACAUUAGAUCGUGGCUGCGAUAGGCAGUUAGCUUACUCAAAAAGUCUCAUCGCAGGGGAUGCCUUCAGCAAGAGCCUCGAUUCUGUUAUCACGGCGGCAAAAAAACUAGCAUCAGAGUUAGUACCAAAACUUUAUUAUUUAGGUGUGGAUGCUAACCAAAGGCAGUGGGAUAAUCUACUACACGGGGAACAGGGGAAACUUACGAAAGAUCAUCGGAAAACUAUGAAUGAACUUGUUAAUGCUAUUAAUACGCAAAUUUCGGCUGCAGUUAAGAGAGCGGGUGACCAAGUUAAGUUUGUAAACUACGACUAUUACGUAGGCCACUUCAAUAGCCGUUUCUGUGAGGAUAGUGUCGACGAAUCAACGAAGGAAAGCAACACAAGAAGCGAGAAUAGCCACCCGGAAGACACCUUCGAGGGCUCCGUAAACCAAUUGGCGCAAAUUACACUCCUAAUAGAUCCCGACGCCAAGCUCGUAGAUAAGGCCAUGGUUUCCGACGAACAUAGUGCUUCUACAGUUUCUAUAGCUUCUUUUGCCGCCUCUAAGAUAGUAUCACUCAAAACAACGGACGUAGCUAAGAGAGUGUUCCUAAACAUCCUGCCCGACGGAUACGGGCGUAUCAUUGCCUCACUAGUCAUCUAUGAAAUAGCUAAUAAGAACGAGCAGGAUAAUAGGCUUGUAGCAACCCCGGAGAGGUUAACCUUCGACUCUUAUGCUUAUGACAAGAUGCCUAUCCUGGUUGCCAACGUGGUGAAUGGUCUAGAUUCUGCCUCCGACCAUACAUAG